AUGAGUAUCCUGGCAGCGUCGCUCAUUGAUGGAGACGGAUCAGUUUCUGUUUCCAGGACUUACAUACCUGGAUCUGUUGGGUCCUCUACUUCUUACUGGACCACUCUGUACAGAUUUCUUAAGGACCCCUCACUCAGUGUUGAGAGCAAAGCAGCGGGGUCCAUGGAGGUAGAGGGUUUUAUCUGCACUUAUCGGAAGCUUCUGUACGAUCACUAUCUUGCCUUAGUCUGUAAGCGACAUGUUAACAUCGCAGACAUUAGUGACACAGCCGCCGUGCUUGUUGAUCUUCUUAAUGAACUCGGGCCCCUGGAUAGUCGGGAAACCCUUUUUGAUGCUCUCUUUGUCCUAGACGAGACAGUGCAGUUUGGCUUUGCAGAUAGGCCUAUCUCCCUUAGAUCUGUACGCGAACGAUUGGAUAUGCACAGCGCCGCAGAGGAGGCGGCAAUAGAGGAGCGGAAGGCCAAAGAAGCAGAGGCAGAAAAGAUUCGCCGAAAGAAGGAGGCCGAGUUUGCUGCCCAGAAGGACCUCGAGACAGGGAUAGGUACUGGCGCACUUGGAUUAUUUAACAAAGCGAAAGGCUGGCUUGGUCUAGGUGAGGCCAGGCCAGAGAAAAAGUGGGGCCAUGGGAUCCCUGAGGCAGAACUGGAGAGAUUACGGAAGAAAAAUCCUCGGGGAGCCGAUGCAGUCGCUUCUAAGGUGACAGAGAGCAGUAGCGAAGAAACGUCCACUGACAGUAGCAGAGAUCAGAAUUGGACUUCUGCCACAUCGAAGACAAAGCAUCCAAAGGAAAGCGCUCCCGUAGCACCAGCGUCUGUAGACAAUGAGUCUAGUUCUGAUAGUAGUAGCGAGCCUCCCCCAUCGACUAAGAGGCCCGUUGGCCGUGGCAUAACACUUACGAAGCGAAAGUAA